CUGAAGUCAUGAAGAAAUUUGCAAAUAAACAGGUUUCUUCUAAAACAAUCGGUAAUUCGUCAACAUCAAAACCCAAGGUCAACGAUGUAAAUGACAAAAAAACUAAAUCCAUCAUUAAAAGAAAAUCCAUCAAAUAUAACUGUAAAGCUCUGAAAAAGACUUCUUUAAGACGAUCAUUAAGAAAGUCAGCAACAAAGAUUUAUACAGUGGAAGAUGUACCUGAUGAUGAUCUUAACAUUUUACAUCAAUGGAAGGGAACAUCAAAUGCUAUGAAGACACUUCCAAAAGAUCUUUACAUAAAUACCUCUACAAUCCCCAACGCAGGCAGGGGUGUUUUUACAAAGAAAAAAGUUAAAAUUAAGACUCGUUUUGGACCAUACAGAGGAGAGGUACUUUCGCUUAAAGACGCAGAGGAUGGAAGAGAUACUUCGUAUAUGUGGGAGAUUGUACAAGGAGGAAAGGUUGUAUAUUGCAUUGAUGGUAAGGAUCUUGCUCAAGGUAAUUGGAUGAGGUUUGUGAAUUGUGCACGAUUUGAAGAAGAACAAAAUAUAAUUGCAUAUCAAUAUAAUGGAGAAAUUUACUACCGAGUUUAUAAAGAGAUUGAAGCCGAUAAAGAAUUGCUUGUUUGGUAUGGAGAUGAGUAUGCUGAACAGUUGGGAAUAUCGUUGUUUGAUGAGGAAGAUAAUGACAAGCAUCAGUUUGAAGUUGGAGGUCACAGCUGUAGACACUGUGGAAGGAUGUAUACAUAUCCCGAUUAUUUAGAGAAACAUUUAAAACGAUGUCCAAUGCUUGUUUGUACGAAUCCUUGGGAAUGUCCACGUUGUGGUCGAAAGUACAGUAGUGAAGACUAUCUAAAUGUUCACAUGAAAAAUGAAUGCGGAAAAAAUCCACGACUAAAACGACAUGUGAGGGUUCAAACAGGAGAGAAACCUUAUAAAUGUGAACAUUGUGGUAAAACAUUUACUAUGCUUGGUAACUUAAAAAAACACGUAAGGAUACAUACGGGAGAGAACCCUUACAAAUGUGAACAUUGUGGUAAAACAUUUUCACAGAAUUGUGAUUUGAAUAAACACCUUAGGAUACAUACAGGAGAGAAACCUUAUCAAUGUGAACAUUGUGGUAAAACAUUUACAGAGCAUAGUAGCUUUAAACACCUUAGGAUACAUACAGGAGAGAAACCUUAUCAAUGUAAACAUUGUGGUAAAAGAUUUGCAGUGCUUGGUAACUUAAAAAGUCACGUAAGGAUACAUACAGGAGAGAAACCUUAUCAAUGUCAACAUUGUGGUAAAGUAUUUACAGAGCAUAGUAGCUUUAAACGUCACUUUAGGAUACAUACAGGAGAGAAACCUUAUCAAUGUAAACAUUGUGGUAAAAGAUUUGCAGUGCUUGGUAACUUAAAAAGUCACGUAAGGAUACAUACAGGAGAGAAACCUUAUAAAUGUCAACAUUGUGGUAAAACAUUUUCACUGAAUUGUGAUUUGAAUAAACACCUUAGGAUACAUACAGGAGAGAAACCUUAUCAAUGUGAACAUUGUGGUAAAACAUUUACAGAGCAUAGUAGCUUUAAACGUCACUUUAGGAUACAUACAGGAGAGAAACCUUAUCAAUGUAAACAUUGUGGUAAAAGAUUUGCAGUGCUUGGUAACUUAAAAAGUCACGUAAGGAUACAUACAGGAGAGAAACCUUAUAAAUGUCAACAUUGUGGUAAAACAUUUUCACAGAAUUGUGAUUUGAAUAAACACCUUAGGAUACAUACAGGAGAGAAACCUCAUCUAUGUCAACAUUGUGGUAAAACAUUUACUGUGCUUGGUAACUUAAAAAAACACGUAAGGAUACAUACGGGAGAGAAACCUUAUCAAUGUGAACAUUGUGGUAAAGGAUUUAAUAACAAGGGUAACUUGAAAACACACAUUAGGAUACAUACUGGGGAGAAACCUUAUCAAUGUGAACACUGUGGUAAAAGUUUUGCUACGCGUGGUAGCUUGAUUCGACACGUAAAGAUUCAUGCUGGUAAGAAAACUUUAUAAUGUUGAUAGACAUUUACAAGGAUUGAUUGACAGUAACGUUUACAAGAAGAGGAGGAGUGGGGCUAAGCCCUCACAUUCAAUCAAAGGAGCGCCAUUGUGAAAAAUGAAGUCCGUGUAGAAAUUAUGAUGGAGGUGAUGACCAGUGGAUUGUCUAUGUUACGAACGAAUUAUACUAAAUCGCACCCAGAAACACAGGAAAUGGUUUGUUGUUUCUCUAAUAAAUUUUUGUAAAUAAAAUGAACGAUUUGAACCCGUUAAUAUAAAUGUAUGUUUGUAAAUAUUUAUCGUCCAGGUUGGUGCAUCGCCAAGAAGAAUUGAAGGUGUUGUUGCUUGGGCUACCGAAGUGACGAGUUUAAAAUUCGAUUUUUUUCUAAAUCACGCGUGAGUGUCACAAAUGAAUGUUUAAUGAAUGACGAUUUACUUACAUAAUAGAUUACCACAUAUGAUGUGACAUUGCAUCACCGUUAAGUUAGUUGUUGCAUCUGGUAACUAUUAUAUAUAACAUUGUUCUUGAGUA